AUGGCAUCGAAUAAGGUUUUUAACGUUGCGAUAUUCUUUGUGGUUUUCAGAGAAUGCUUGGAAGCUGCAAUGAUUGUGUCAGUGCUACUGUCAUUUUUAAAACAAGCCAUAGGAAAGCAUGAAUUUGAGUUAUACAAGAAGCUUCGUUUGCAGGUCUGGCUUGGUGUCGUUGCCGGUUUUGUGAUUUGUUUGGCUGUUGGUGGUGCCAUGAUCGGUGUGUACUAUAGAUACGAGAAUGAUAUUUAUAGUAAUUCUGAGGAUCUAUGGGAAGCGGUGUUCUGUUUCCUUGCCACCAUUAUGAUUAGUUUGAUGGGUAUUUCGAUGUUGAGAAUCAACAAAAUGCAGACCAAGUGGAGAGUCAAGAUUGCUCAAGCAUUAUUGCAGAUCCCUGAGAAAGCAAGAGAUCGUUAUAGGAUGGGUUAUUUGUUGAAGAAGUAUGCCAUGUUCUUCUUGCCGUUUGUCACUGUUUUAAGAGAAGGUUUGGAAGCCGUUGUGUUUGUUGCAGGUGUUGGUCCAAGUAGUCGGGGUGCUGCCGCAACCUCUUACCCACUUCCUGUUAUCGUUGGUCUUUUAGCGGGAUUUACAAUAGGUGCUUUGCUGUAUUAUGGUACUUCUCACUCCUCCAUGCAGGUAUUCUUGGUUAUCUCUACAUGUAUUUUGUACCUGAUCUCAGCUGGAUUAUUCUCCAGAGGUGCUUGGUAUUUGGAAACGUAUAGAUACAACAAAGCUACGGGUGGUGAUGCCUCCGAGUCUGGCAGCGGUAACGGUUCCUACAACAUUAAAAAAGCGGUUUACCACGUCAAUUGUUGCAACCCUGAGAUUGAAAACGGAUGGGACAUCUUCAACGCCCUAUUGGGAUGGCAAAACACCGGCUAUCUGGCCAGUAUUCUUUGCUACAUCCUCUAUUGGGUCGCCUUGAUAUUCAUAGUUUCUCUCAUGAUUUUCGAAGAGAAGAGAGGUCAUCUGCCCUUCCUCAAGAACAAGAGAAUGAGCGACUUCAAUCCGUUCCGUAAAAUGAAGAAGAAACAAGACCUGUCCGUAGAAGACAAAACUGUUUUGUUCUCCAAGGUUGAGAACCUCAAUUUCAACAACGAGGGCCAGAUCACCUCCAAAAACUGA